AUUGUCGUGAAUAGAAUCGAUUAAAAUUAUAUAAACCAUUAUCGAGCUCGCAAAGUGUAUCAUUCAGAAGUUUAUCAUCGCCAAAUAACUUUCUUGUUAAAAUACCUCGUGAGGAAUAUUUCUAUAUUAAGACAAACUGAGCAGUUUCCAAUUUUACAAGAAAUCAAAUUAAAAUGCAAAUAAUUAAUAAGAUUUGCAAGUUAUACUUAUUUACCUGGUUUGUGUUAUCUACUAACGCGAGUCCAAUAUUGUCUAGUAAAUUUGAACAAAAUUACCAAGUGCCAUCUAUUUCUAGUAAUGUACCUGGAGUUACAACUACAUUCAGAGAUCAAAAUGGAAAUCUUGUAACUCAAGUAAAAAAAGAAUCAUUUAAUAAUGUUAAUGGCCAAAAUUCGCAUUUAAUAGAGUUUGAAGAAAAUAAACAAUUACCAAAUGGGUAUGCAAAAAGUUUUAAAAAAGAAUAUUCUUCUUCUAGUGUAUCUGGUUCUCAACCGGUAUUUGGACAAAAUCCAAUUGGAUUCGAUAGUUCGUUAAAACUUGAUAAGUUAAAUUGUGGAAAAUUAUGUAGCGGAUUUGAGCAUGGACAUCACGAAACACUUAUUUCCGCAAAUUCAGGAUAUACAGGAAUUAAUUCGAAUUUAAAAUCGAUAAUAGACCAAGGUGUGAAGAAUUUACCAGGAAUUAUAACAACAUUCAAAGAUCAAAACGGAAAUCUGGUCACUCAAGUAAAAAAAGAACUAUUUAAUAAUGAAAAUGGGCAGAAUUCACACGUAGUAGAAUUUGAAGAAAACAAACAACUUCCAAAUGGUUAUUCAAAGAGUUUCAAAAAAGAAUAUUCUUCUUCAAGUGUAAUUGGGUCUCAACCUAGCAUUUUAAAACCGACAAUUAUUGAAAAUUCAUCUUUAGAUAAACAAAUGAGUGGAUACAAUUCUUUUAUAAAUACUAAACCAAUCACUUCUACAAAUUUAUGUGUAGAUCAGCCUGUUUGUGAUGAAACCGGACAAGCAAUUGUAGAUACAAAAUAUAGUGGACAAAAACAAGUCAAUUUUGUUCAACAAGGAAGCAAUUACCAAACACCUGUAUUUGUCCCUAAACAACAAACUAUUAUUUCAUCAUCAUCUAACUCUGCUUCAGGAAAUAAAUAUGAAAAGCUUGAAUCAUUUAAUACACAUCAACAUCAUGGACAACAAACAGUAGAUAUAACACAUAGCAUAGAACCAACUUCAUUUGGGCAACAGUCAAUAAAUAUUGAAAAUACUUUACCAAAUUUUUCACUAAAUCAACAAAAAGAAACAUUUAACCAAGUUUAUAAACCUCAAUCACAAUUUGGACAACAGGUAGUUGAAAUAAAUAAAGUUUCGAAUUUCAAUCAAGAAAUCGGCCAACAAACAGUUCCAGUAGAAAAAUUUUACAAGCCAAAUAUUCAAGUUGGUCAACAAUCCAUCGAUAUAUCAAGUAUAAGUCACAACACAGCAGGCCAACAUCAAGUUGAAAUUAACAAAAAUUCAAAUUUGAAUCAAGGAUAUGGUCAACAGACUGUCUCUAUUGAUCAUUUCUAUCAACCACACACUCAAGUCGGUCAACAAUCCAUUGAUAUAUCAAAUACAAACCAUCAUACAGCUGGUCAGCAACAAGUUGAAAUUAACAAAAAUUCAAAUUUGAAUCAAGGAUAUGGUCAACAGACUGUCUCUAUUGAUCAUUUCUAUCAACCACACACUCAAGUCGGUCAACAAUCCAUUGAUAUAUCAAAUACAAACCAUCAUACAGCUGGUCAGCAACAAGUUGAAAUUAACAAAAAUUCAAAUUAUAACCAAGAAUAUGGCCAACAAAGUGUUUUAAUUGAUAAUAUUGCCAAACCUGUGUCUCAAUUUGGCCAACAAUCUAUUGACAUAACAAACUUAGGUCACAACACAGCUGGUCAACAAAUAGUAGAUAUUAAUCAUAAUUCAAACUAUAAUAAGCAAAUUGUUGGUCAACAAGCCGAAAAAAUUGAAUCAUUUUAUUCAGAAAACCAUGACUCAAGAGGUCAAAAAUCAAUAGACAUAUCAGGUUCUGAUAUAUCAAAUGCUAAUUCACAAUCACAUUUUAAUACACUAAGUAAAGGUAAUCAAGAAUUCAGUGGACAACAAACUCAAGAUAUAGGAGGAAUUUUUACAACGAAAAAUGGCGGAACACACAUACUUGACAUAGGCACAUUAGAUAAAAAUACAUACAAUGGUAAAUUAACAUCUCCAAUUAAUUACAAUGGUAAAGAGAUGAUAAAAAUAGUUGAAGGUCAGCGUGUAGUUGAAAAAAAUAUUGAUCUAAAUGUACCACACUACCAGAGUAAUGCUGAAGUACAUAGCCAUCAGUCAACUCACGGACAAUCAUUAGUAGAAAAUCAAGCUUUGGGACAAGAAACUAUUGAUUUUUCAUCAGUUGUUGAGAACAAUCAGCCACUACAAAAAUUACCUGGGCAAAAUCUAGGACAUCAAUCUUCUAGUUAUUCAUCAUAUGCAGAAAAAUCAUCAUCAGGAAAUGAUCAAUCAUUAAAUGGUAACUAUAAUAAAGUGUUUGGUAGCUUAAAUAAGUUAGAACAAGAAAUUAAUGGAGUCCAUAGUUUGUCAAAUUUAAAAAAAGAUAAUAUUCAAGUAGGGUUAGCACAUAGUUUAAAAAGUAUGCCAAUAAUAAAAGAAGAAAAAGAGUCUUAUUUCCAAAAAAAAUUAAAAGAAAAUGAACAAUAUUUAGAACCUCAAUCAGAAUAUAUUCCAGGAAAACAUGUGCAAUCUUUUGCUUCCAGUUCUUAUACAAAAAGUGAAAAAUCAGUAGAUUGUUAGAACUUUUAAAUAUUCACUAAUUUUAAGUUAUUAGUAUUAAAUAAUUCUAAAUAAUAUUUUAAUUAUUUAUUAAAGGUAAUAUAACAUUGAAAUUUAAAAAAAUUAUUUAUUUAUUUAUUAUUUAUUUAAAAACUAUUCUAAGCAUAAGAUAAUUUAAUUUUAUGAAUAUUUGUUUAAUAAUUUUUUAAAGGUUUUGAUAAAUAAUUUAUAAACUAUAAUAAUUUAUGCAGACAUUAAAUUUGUGAAUAAAAAUAAUUAUAAGUUAAUUUGUGUUAUGUACAUAUUUUAUAUUCAUAAUUUUUCUAGUAUUUUAUAAAAAUACUAGAAAAAUACAUAAAACUUUUGAUUUGAUAGAAAUAAACAUUAUUAUUGUACAAAAAAAUACUAUUUUUUUAAGUGUUACCUAUGAUUAUCAAAAUAUAAUUUUAUAGGCUAUAGCCUAUAUAACAA